AUGGCAAUCUUAUUGAUGAUUUUAUAUCAUAAAGAAAACAAGUUCAAAAAGUCUUGGGACAUCACGGAAACUCUCGCUCGACGACAACUGGUCCAGACAAUUCAAUUGUUUCUUCCAUAUAGUAUCCUUCAUGGAAUCUCAUUUUCAACAUUUCCCCUAAUUGGUGGAGCGUAUCGAACCAUAUUUGUCAAUAUUUUAGAUGAAGUUUCGUAUGCAGCCGGAUCUGGGUUCACUUUUAUUCCGAUGUAUUUUGUGGUUGUUGCCCCGUGGCAAAGAAAGCGGAAAGAAAGAAACACUUUGGCUUCU